UCCGGACGUGAAUUUGAUGGCUGACGUGCAGAGGAGACUGCAUCUUCUGGUACUCGCUGUCAUCCUGUUCCUCAUUGUCGUCUUCCUCCACGUGUGUUUGUCGUGGCGGCCGUGGAAACAACAUCGCAAAAGGAGGGCGUCAACGAAACGGGCGGCAGGGGAACGUCCGAUGGCGGGCAUGCAGGCACACGCAGGUGUUGGUGCAGGUCAGGGCGGAAGACGACCUCCGACUCCGGAGCCUCCACGGCGGUACGACCCAUCUUUGUACAGGCAUCUAGACUCAUGGGAGACGCCACUGCCCCCGUCGGACGAGGAGCCCGAGAUGGAAGAACUUCCAACGUUGCCUCUUGCCAGCGGGUCGACGCAGCUGUUGUCGCAGACGGGGCAAGCAGGCGGGUCGGCCAGCAACGAAGGCGACGAGUUCACCUCACUGCUGCACCAAGGCUUGGGAGACGACGACGACGGAGGACUUGAUCUCAGGUUCGGGUUGUGUUCUGGCCGCGCUAGGGAGGUGAGCCGUACGUUCAUCAUCGACGCCGAUCCUUCGCCACGUGGCGUUCAACAUACUGCAAGUCAGCAUACGGAGCACUCCACACUUCGUGUCGGUGCGUCCGAUACUGGCGGUGUCGGGCCAUCGGCAGUAGCCCGGCAGCAUGGAUCGACUGUACCGUCCGCCGAUCGAUUGACAAGUACCUGUCCCUCACUCAACGGAGUCGCAGCUGGGUCCCUGCGCAUCGGCGGUGCACGUCCUUCGAUGCCCAACCGCACAAUGCCGACCCAACCCGACCUCAGGGACGAGGGCGCGUGCAUACCACCGGUGCGUCCAGGACCCACUGUGGAGAACAUCACACGAGGAGUGUCAAACAUGCGGACACACAGCGAUGGCGGCGACGACGACGGUGGUGGUGGUGACGAUGCCGACGAACGAUUAAGGGAGGACGUGGAAGCAGGGGACGACGACGACGACAUUCCUAUUCGGCCUUUGGGGAAGACGAGUGGGAGGGGGAGAGGACGCAGCAGAGGUGCUGUUCAUGGUCGAUCCAUUGGCCGUGGCGGCAGAGGUGGCGUCAGCGACGACGGCGAGAAGUUUGUGACGUACUGGUCUCCGGAAGAGCAAAUGCGACUGGUGAGAUGCAAGCGGGAGCAAGAGAUGCACCUCUCCGGGCUGGGUCACAAUUACGGGCGGAUGCAGACCAAGGAGUGGAAGUGGGAUGACAUUGCAAAGCGCAUGGCGAACGUGGGGAGGCCUAAAGACGCGGACGACUGCAUGAAGAAGUGGGACAAUAUCUUCCAAAACUACAAGAAGAUACAAAGGUUUCAAAAUGCGAGCGGCAGACCAUAUUUCUUCGGACUAUCGAAUAAAGAAAGGAAGGAGCACAACUUCAAGCUCCGGAUGGAGAGGGCGCUGUGCAACGAGAUCCACGCAGGGAUGGUGGGCAACCAUACAAUUUUUCCUCCGAACGUCGCCGACACCGGAAGUCCGGACGGGGUGCACCUGCCCAGGCGAGGAGCGGGUGGUGGGGAGUCUGUUGGUAGUGAGGCCGGUGGUGAAGGUUUCCCUGAAGAACGUUCUUCUGCGAGGGACUCCGACAUCAACGCAGGCAGUGGGGCUGGAGGCGGGAAGCGGAAGAAUGCGCGUCAACAGGCCUUGGAGUCGAUCGCUGAUGUCAUGGACCGCCAUGGCGAACUGAUGUCGUCGACGAUCGAAUCGUGUAGCAAGCGGCAAUGCAGCAUAUUCACGAGGCGAUGCGACAUACUCGAGCAGGAAGUUGCAGUCCAACUGCGAGGGGGGAGACGCGAUGGGGUGGGCAGGGGUGAAGGUGCUUUGUCUUAGUUUUGCUCCCUGGCGAGUGCAUUGACGCGCAUGGCCAGGGACGUC